CCGGGCAGGCGGUCGCAGCCGGGCAGGGGGCGGGCGGGGGCCGCAGCCCAGGCCGGAGCGCAGCGCGCGGGCUUCGUGGCGUGGAUAUACCGUUUGUAAUGUGGCUGUAAUUGGCAUGAUGUCCCAUACCAAGAUGACUUUUGAGCAGAAGAAAUAGACAUGAACCAUAAAGAGACAGCCAGUUUCCUCUCUACUCUACAAUCUAGAAGAAAAAUUUUCAUCUAAGGACAGAUAAGAGCGAUUGGCUUUGGGAGAAGACCUUGAUAUUACACCUGUGUUAAUGGGAAGUUGUAGAUUGAGAUUUCUGUUACAAAGUCUUUGUGCUUAAGUCAGGAGUAGGUGGCCUUUAAGGAACAGAAUUGAGAGCUUGUAAUCAUAAUGUGCCGUUUUUCAACCCUAAGUUUUGACCAAGAAUGAAACUAUUUAAAAAUUAAGAUGCCAACAGAUCACGAAGAGCCCUGUGGUCCCAGUCACAGGUCAUUUUGCCUGAAUGGGGGGAUUUGUUAUGUGAUACCUACUAUUCCCAGCCCAUUUUGUAGGUGCAUCGAAAAUUAUACAGGAGCUCGUUGUGAAGAGGUUUUUCUCCCAAGCUCCAGCAUCCAAACGAAAAGCAACCUGUUUGCAGCUUUCGUGGUGUUGGUUGUCCUUCUAGUAACACUUAUCAUUGGAGCCUUCUACUUCCUUUGCAGGAAGGGCCACCUUCAGAGAGCCAGUUCCGUCCAGUAUGAUAUCAACCUGGUAGAGACAAGCCAUACCAGUGCCUACCACAGUCAUGGAGAACACUGAAGACACGUCAAAGUGAACCGAAUCACUGCUUUUAUUUUACAAAGACAGAAAAUGAAACAACAUAAGGAUUUUCACUAAGCCAACUCACCCAGUUUCUACAACUGAAAAUCAAGGCAAUCAUCUAAAAAUCUCAUGAUUUCUCAUCCAGAGUAUUUGGAGUCUCCUGUUCCCAUUAAAACUGAAUUUAUGUUAGUACAAACCUGGGCCAGACUGUGUAUGUAUAAAAUGACAAAAGUACAUUUAUUUUUUCUUGAAAAUUUCUGUAGAUUACAUAGAAAGUUCUCAGAUUUGUAAAAGUUUAUUUCUACUGUAUAAUAAUUCUUUGCACAUUCAUUUUGUUAAAUUUGCAAUAUAAAUCAAUGACAAUCUGCUAUCUGGCCACCUACGUUGAGAUAUCCAGGUUUAAGCAAAAUCAAGAGAACUGUAGUGAGGCAGCUUACUGGACCCCAGUUCCAUCACUCUGCAGGGCGUAUCUAUCCCAGGUCUGAGAUCCAGUGCCUACCUUCCCUCUCCUUAAGAUGUCCACUGGCUGGUAAGGGCUUUCAUUCUGCCUGGACUGAAGGAAAUGGAAACAUAUUCCUUGAUGGAGCCUUUGACAAAGCAAACUGUAGCCCCAGAAAUGAUUUUGCUUUGAAAAAUCAUUGUUUUUGAAUGUCUUGAUUAAAUAAAUCAUUCUGUAAUCUGAUCUUCACUUGAGAGAAGGCCAGCAACUCAGUACUUACACUAAGGGUACACCUUUGCUUCUCUUUUUGUGCUUGCCUCGAUUUUUUUCAUGUGAUCAUUUUUUUUGUUUGUUCCAUAAAGGACCACAAUGGUUAUCUUUGGAAUUUAGUUUGUUUUGGCUGAAACAAUAAUUAUUCCUUUAAUGCUUGUUUUUUUUUUUUUUUUUAAGACAAGCCUUUCAAAAUUGUAGUAAAUUAGUUAUUGAGCUUUAACUUUGGUUAAAUUACUAUUCUCAUAUAACCUAGAGGCCUCUGAAAGGCAGGGAGGAUGAUUUUCAUUAGUACUAUUGUUGUUUCUAUUGGUCACUUCACCCCUUUCUACUGUGCACUAAGGUUGCAACCAGCUGGGCAUGGUGGCUCACGCCUGUAAUCCUAGCACUCUGGGAGGCCAAGGCAGGAGGAUCGCUCAAGGU